GGUUACUUAUCAGUGACAUUCCAGUUCCGAAAGUUGCUCUAAGAGGAAAUACACUCAUUUCUGUUCUAUUCAGCGUGAGCCAGUCCUUUGCUGGUGGUGUUUAACGGGCGUACCUUUUUGAGACAGAGCAAAGACAUAAACAGACUGGAUCACAUGGACAGCUCCUCGCCACAGGUAGCAGAACAGACAGAAAUUCAUCAAGUUGAAAAUGUCUGGCAGAUUUCUUUCUAUGAAGGCUUCCUGACGGCGUUUUGAGUUUGGCCUGCUGAGGACUCGGCACCAUCAAAUACAUGCCUGUAGAGGGCACAAUCUGACAAAAUAUAGUUUCUUUAAGGUGAGGUUUGACUUGCAAAGGGAGAACUACAGGAAGAAGAGCUGUGAAAGGUCACUUCAGCAUGCAAGCGCAAAACAUCGGGGAUUUUAAAAAUGCUGAAAAAACUCGUGGCCUGCUUGACACUUUUUGCCUUCCUCAGCCUUGUGUUUUAUUCUGUGAUGUUAUACUACAAUCAUAAUGUUUACUAUGGUAUUCCUGCUGUUCACCGCUUUGCUGUAAAUGGAGACCAGACAUAUUCCUGGAAGUUACAAGAUAAUUUAAAGUGGAUUGAGGUCAGUCAUAAAACCACAAGGAUGCCAAGAUCUCCAAACAAGACUUUGGAUUUAUGUCCAGAAAUGCCACCAAGACUUGAGGGGCCUCUGAAGGUGGAGUUCAAUACAAAACGGACAUUAGAGAGCGUGAAAGCGGAGGCAAGUUAUUCUCUUCAGAUGGGAGGACGGUACAAGCCAUCUGACUGUAUCUCCCGACACAAGGUGGCAGUUAUCAUCCCAUUCCGAAAUCGACAUGAGCACCUGGUGCAUUGGCUUUAUUACAUGCAUCCUAUCUUGAUCCGACAGCAGCUGGACUACGGCGUGUACAUCCUCAACCAGGAUGGGGAAGGAAUCUUCAACCGAGCUAAACUGAUGAAUGUUGGAUUUGUAGAAGCACAGAAGGAAUACGAUUAUGACUGCUUUGUCUUCUCUGAUGUUGACCUGGUGCCUCUUGAUGACCGUAACAUCUACAGAUGCUAUGACAAUCCCAGACAUUUGGCUGUGGCCAUGGACAAGUUUAACUUUCAUCUACCCUACAAGACCUACUUUGGUGGGGUCUCCUCACUGUCGAAGCAACAGUUCUCUAAAAUAAAUGGCUGUCCAAACAGUUACUGGGGCUGGGGCGGCGAGGACGACGACAUUUACAGGCGCAUCAUCUUCCGUGGAAUGUCCAUUUCUCGACCAGAUGGAGUGACUGGAAAGUACAGGAUGGUCAGGCAUCAAAGAGACAAGCACAAUGAGCCUAAUCCAGAGAAUCCUGGAAAACUUAGUAGAACAAAGGAGACCAUGGAUAACGAUGGACUAAAUACCCUCAGCUACACAGUCAAGGAGAUCUCAAAGGAUUUAUAUUUUACUUUUAUUACUGUGGACAUUCAUGCUCCAGCAAGUUGAUGGAAAUUGUAAAAUAUGGGUGAAAGACAGAGUGUAGUUUCAGGUUCACUGGUGAUCUGUAAAACAUGGUAAAACAUUUGUGAAGCUGAUGUGUGUGAUGGAACUGAAAUAACUGAAUGGCUGGCAGUUUUGGUGAAGGGGUAUUUAUGAAAAGCAUCUCUGUGUGAAUGUCUCCAGGUUAGCCAUAAAGGGAGCAUGGUAUUUGUGGCUAGAAUUGUGAAAAUUAUGAUAGCCAUCAGAUUAAGCAGAACUUUUUUUAUCCAUAAAAAUGUUAGGAGUUGCAUGUUAAAAGAAGCCUAAACAUUUACGGUUUGUAGUUGUCUGACAAGUUCGUCAGUUCCUAUCUGACCAGUUCCACCAGUACCAAAUAGCUUAGAUACCUCUGUGACUUGCAAAACUAAUACACUUUUGAAACCAAUGAUGUCUGUUGUGUAGUUAUAUGCAGUCUGCAAAUUGCAGUCUCUUUCUCCCCCCCUCCCCGAUACAUUUGUUAUUUGCACUUAAUUGUCUCAAUUUACAUGACAAAUAUAAAUUCAUAUUUAAUAAAGGCUCUUUCUAUGUGUUCUCAUUUUGCAGUUUAGUGGUUGAGAAUUAAAUAAGGUUUGGAGAUGGUCUUUCGAUAGAUCAUUAAUUCUUUGUGUAAGUUACAAUUACUGCCUAGAGCAAUACAUUUCUGGAAAUUCCUUUGGAAUCUGUUACACGUACCUAUUCUGACCAGAUGACUUGAAUUAGAAAUGUAUAUUACAUGUUUUUAGCAGCACACCAGCAAGAAAAAAAAGCUUUAGCUUGUUUCUAUUGACAGACAGGACUAUUACUUCAAGCUGACAAUGUAUGCCUAGCAGGCUGUAGUAUGUGCCACUCUGGGGGACAUGAAAUCUCUAUAAUAAAGAUAGAAGAUCUGUAUAACUUUAUUGAACGCCAUAUCAAAAGCUCUAAGCUAGCCCGUAUAUCAUCUUGACUCCACUUUAAAAACUAACAUUAGUUCAGCUCAUUAUAAAGUAAAAUUCCACUGUCAGUUUUUUGUUUUGCUAUUUCUUUGUCAAUCACUAUUUAAAUGAGUGAAAUGUUCCUAUUGCUAAGUGCAGCUAGCAUGCUCAUAAGAUACCCAUUUUAUGUGAUCUUAUCAACAUUGUUCAACUGUCAUAUUUACAAGUACUCUGUGCAACUGUGGAAACACCCAUGAACGGAUUAGAUUUUUACGUGCCAAAACCAGCAGACCCAGCAAAGCAAGUUCCCAGAAACAUUGAGAGGCAAAGGGACUUACAAUAAGUCCAGUAGAACCAGUUAAUGGAAUGACCCAUCCAUAUGCAGGAUCCAAAGCAGGUAACUAAUUAUAGCAUAAAGUACAACAUAAGCAAAUGUCUGUUAUGUAGCUAUAUGUAGGUUACAAACUUAACCUGCACAUAGCUCUGUUUCCACACCUUGUAGACUGCUUACAGUGCAUUGCACUGGAUUUUAUGUCUUUCAGAUGAUACCUGUGGUUAUCUGCCACAUAACUAGCUGAAAUGAUACCAACAGAACAUGAUAAUUAAGGUGGGGAAAUGUCCGCAUUGAUCUAAAAUGAUCAUAAUAAUUAUAAAACAAAAAUACAUUUAAAUGCAGCGUUACUAGUUUUAUAAAGGGUCACUCCCCUCAUUGCUUUGUAAUGCACUUAAGCAUGAACAAAAAUAUGUGUUAUGUGAAAGUGCAAGUCACAUGCAAAUUUCCCACCUGGCUGAGAGCUUUUACAUCCUGUAUUUCGCAAAUACCAUUGGUGUUUUAGUAAUGGGUUUCAGCACUGUUAUUGUUUUCACAGUUAGGCAGAAGCUAGUUACAUUUUCAAAACAAUGAUUUGGAAAGGUCUUCUCUCUGCCUAAAUCUGUUAUUUUGUACUUAUUUGUUUUUGAUUGUUUGAUUUUUACUUUUAAUUGAGUAUAAAUGGGUUAAAGUAGAGCUACUCUUAGUUUAUUCCAAUUUUGGAUUUUCUACAAACCUCUGAUUGUUGUGAAACAAUAGGUUUGGUAUGAUAAUGAGUAAAUAUUAACAAGCACCAAAGAAAAUUAUUAUCAAAUUUCUGUUAAUGAUUUAUGAAUAGAUUUAUGAAUAGAUAGGUGAAUCCUAUCUAUUCAUAAAUAGAUAGGAUUUAUGAAUACCUAUCGAUUCAUAAAUCUAUGACACAACAUCAGAGACCUUUCAGUCUCUGUGAAUGUUUUAUGAAUACCUAUGUAAUCAUAAAUCUAUUCUUCUGCAAGAAGAGUCUGUUCGAGGAUUCUUCUGCAAAAAGAAUAGACUUAUGAAUCCGUAACAUAUCAUUGUACAUCAUUUGUAACCUGGUCAGUACCAGCUGAUUUCCAUUGGUUUAAUUAUCCUGUUUAUCCCAUGUAUACCAUAUUUUAAAUUAGCAGAAAUAGAACAAUAAAAUAAAAUACUGACAUUUUCCUGCUGUAGUUAAAGUUGAAGAUUUUGCCCAACAAGACUGUCUUUAUGGCAAACACUUCUGAAAUGUACAACUUUCUUUUGAUUCCACUUAAAGAAAAGCUUCAUACUGCCAGAGCAAGCUGGGUUUAGAUCAAACACGUCAUGUAAAAAAAUUGCUAAAAUUGCUGCUGUUGCUGUACCUCCUCAGGGAUGCAACUUUGUCUUGCAGAACAGAUCAUAUUGUUACUUUCUAUCUGUUUUGGGUUUUUUUUUGUAUAUUUCUAAGUGAGUUUGUACAAAAUUAUAUUACUGGAAUGUUAUUAGAAUGUAAAGAGAUUUAGCCAUUCACUAACAUUUAAUUCCUCAUUUGGGCUUCACCAUCACAUUUUAAAAAGCAUUGAUAUCAUAGUGCCUUUUUCUCAAUAAAGCAAGUUCAACUUUAA